GUAGCAGAAAAAAAGUAAAAGAAUUUUAUAUAAAAAAGUGCGCUUUUUAAAGUUUUUGCCGAAACAGCAUUUGCAUUGCAUUACACAGGCGCACACAAACACACACGCGCACACACGCGCACACACGCACUGAAGAGACAUCACACCAUAAGCGCUCGCCUCACUCCAACUUCAACCAUCAGCAGCAUAUUUCAGCACAUCAGCAUAUCCAGCCUACUGUCAGCGGCGUUGGCGAGACGACAACGACAGCAGUGCUGAGCUAGUGCUAGCACAAAAAUUGCAAUUGUCACUCGAAUUCAAUACACACACACAAACACAAACACACACACACGCACGCCCGCGCUGCAAUGCUGAAUUCAUUGUCUACGGUGCUGUUAAGCGCUUUGCGCACCUUCUGGCUACGGCUGACACUAAUCUUCGACAAGUCUCACAAAUAUCAGCUGAACGGCGAACAAUGCCCAGCACUGCAAUCAAAAGCGUUUACGUCCCAUGCAGCAGCAGCAGCACCCACAACAACAGCAGCAAAAUCUGCAACACCGCCACUAUUACCACCCUGCAUGACGACGGAGGCCUGGCCGCAGAAGGCGAAAGAUGAGAAAGCAGCGUUGCGAAAAUUGCCAAGGCCGAAAGGAUUGCCAUUAAUAGGCACGUUUUGGGAUCUAGUUGCCGCCGGCGGUGGACAACAAUUACACAAAUACAUUCAUCGGCGUCAUAAAGAACUUGGUUCCAUAUUUUACGAACGCCUAGGCGGCGUGCAGGAUGCCGUAUUUGUUUCAUCAGCAAGUCAAAUGCGAGCAGUGUUUCAAUACGAGGGCCAAUAUCCACGACAUCCGCUACCAGAGUCUUGGAUCAUAUACAACAAGCAGUACAAUUGCCAACGCGGUUUAUUCUUCAUGGAGGGCGCCGAGUGGCUACACAAUCGACGCAUACUAAAUCGUUUUCUAUUGGGCGGCACCAUGAAGUGGAUGGAUGCGCACAUCGAGUCGUCCACGAUGCGCUUGGUGAAUUUGUGGAAGACGCAGGCUAGCGCAGUUGCCGCACAAUGCGCCUACAUUGAACUGCUGGAACUGGAACAUCAGCUUUAUACCUGGGCCAUCGAUGUUGUUUGUACGAUAAUGUUUGGCGUUUCCGCUGCAGAAGAUGUGCGCAUGGCUGCGACGAUGGACCAGUUUUCGCGCAUAGUACACAGAAUAUUCGAUACCAGCUCUGCACUGAUGACUUUUCCACCACAGUUGGCAAAGCGUUUGAACAUGCGUAUUUGGCGUGAUUUUGAGGAGAGCGUGGAGGCAGUGCUGAAGCAAGGCAAUAUUUUAAUCGAACAAUUUGUCGAUUUGCCAGCGCCUAUGGUGAAUAGAUUGUGCGAAAAAGUUGGCACCGAGUGUCAUGAUUGUGGUGGCGAUGCACUCUUCCAGAAGCUUAUAUUGGCCGGUAUGCCGCUUGAUAUGAUCAAGCGUAUAUUUGUGGAUUUGGUGAUUGCAGCGGGCGAUACGACGGCGUACACUACUGAAUGGGCAUUUUAUCUACUUACCCAGAAUCAGGAAAUGCAAGAGCGCUUAGCCAAAGAAAUGGCUACCAAUGAUGGGCGCGGCAAUAUGUUGGUACAUGGUCUCAUUAAGGAGACAAUGCGCUUGUAUCCGAUUGCACCAUUUAUUGGACGCUAUAUGGCGUGUGAAGCGAAUAUUGGCGGCUAUCAAAUCGAGAAAAAUAGCUUAGUGCUGCUUUCCUUAUACACUGCUGGCCGUAAGCCGGAACAUUUCCCAGAUCCAGAGGUAGCGAAGCCCGAACGUUGGCAACGCAACGAAGAAACUGGUGAAUUACAGGAGGUGCUGCAAGCGCAUGGCUCACUACCGUUUGCCAUUGGCAAUCGUUCCUGCAUUGGACGCAGAAUGGCCAUGAAGCAAAUGCAUUGCCUGCUGGCGGCGGUUAUAAGCAACUUUCAGCUGCAAUGCAAUAACGCCACACCAAUUGACUGUAAACUACGACUGGUAACAGUGCCCGAGCAGCCAUUAAGAUUGGCAAUAAAACUUCGUGACAUCGCAUAGCCUUAGAUAGUAUACAUAAUACAA